AUUUAACUUCUUUCUCCACUUUCAAAUUAUUUGAGAUAAAACUGGAAUUCUAUAGUAAGAAUAUAAACAAUUUGGUUGCAACUGUGUAAAUUGACAAUGAACCAAAAGGGUUAAAUACUUAAGCGAUAAGACAAGAGGGGGUGUGGUAUAUGACCAAACAUGCCAGAGCUAAGUGCUGUUCUUCAGAAUGAUACAUCCCGCAGUGAUUACAUACAGCGCUAGUUGUAGUAGGCUCUAUAUUGGCAAUAUACCAUAAACCCCCGAGAUGCCUUAUUGCAAUUAUAAACCGGUUACCACUAACCGGUUUACAACAGCACUUAGAUCUGGUGGUAUAUAAUCUCAUAUAUCAUGGCUUUCAGAGAAUCAGCAUUCAGGAUUCAAAGCACCCGGUUUAUAAUACUGACCAUACAAUAUAUUUUGAAUAAUUGACACCAGACCAGCUAUUACAUGUUCAAUUGCCUCAUUUCUAUAUAGUCAUGGCCUGUAAUGUGAUGGAAAAUAAGUUAAGAGCCAGAAAGGUGUAACUUUGAGAGAUACACAUACAAAAUAAGCGGGAAGGAGGGGGCGGGGGGUCAUCACCGUAAAUAGUAUUCUAAAUGCGCUAACGGAAAAUGAACUCACUUCCGCUGCUGCCCGCUUCAGUGAAGACAGACGGCAUAGUCAAAUAAAGGAAAUGUGGGGAGAAGAGACUGUUCAGAAACAGGAAAGAGACUGUUAGACAAUUCUAUAAUCAUAAUACGAAGAUUUUGAAAACCAUGGGAGUUGUGAGAACAUUUUGAAAUAUACAUCAUAACAGAUCUACAUAUCUUGUUUUGUGUGGUCCGUUCUAAGAGAGCUAGUCUAGCAAACAUUCGCUAGCUAGCUAAAUUCGCUAGCUUCACCUGGCAAACUGCUACAGUAAUCAACGAGAGAGAUGGGGACAAGAGCUAGUCGUUUACAUGAGGAUCCUGUGCCUUCGACUUUCGGAAAAGAUGGCAUUAAGCGAGAUUCUUAUCGACGACACCGAAUCAAUAGGCCCACCAGUCUUAUGGUCGACUUUUCUGGGAGUUUUGAUGAUUCAGAGGCCAACCGUAGUCGAUCCGAGGAGGGCAGCGAUUCCGAGAUGGGGCAACAGGCGAGUGCCAAUGGAAGUCCUGCCGACCACAACAGCCACUCAUCCAUUGCCCAGGCAUCACCCGCAGAAGCUAUCAGCGAAUGCAAGCGCGAGGAAGACGGUAGUAGCACUCCAGAGGGUGCUGUAAACGGGGAACAUCUGCAUGGAGAGGACACAGGCCGCGUGCCUCACCGCACUUUCUCUGAACGUUUACCUCGACAUUCUUCCGGGCGCAAUGUCAGUGCAAGAUCCACAAGGGUGAGGGGCACCCAUCAGCGCCCUGUAUCGGAGGCUUGGAUUGGCCUCUACCGUGUUAACAACCGACAUGCCAACAUCCGUUGUCCGUUCUGCUCUAAGCCUUUCCCAGGAGGCAGGAUUGAGGACCACCUGUUGAGCUGCCUCACAUCUCCCCCUCUCCCUUACAACACGGACGUGCUCAGUAAGGACAGCGGUGAGUGUUCUAUAUGUCUGGAAGAGCUGCAGCAGGGAGAGACCAUUGGGCGGCUGGCCUGCCUCUGUGUCUACCACAAAAGCUGUAUUGACUCCUGGUCUAAGGUAAAGCCCUGCUGUCCCGAACACCCUUUUGAUUGACUCAUAGGUUGAGUCCUGCUCACUUACACCUGACUCAGGAGACUGCAAUGUAUAUUCAAUUGCUGCAAAUGUAUUACAACAAGAAAAAUACCAGAACAAGACACAGCCCCAGAAGGACUCGACCAGGGACCACUUCGACCAGGCUCAGUCCAUUUCAGCUCAACUCGGACCACUAUAACCACUGCUGGAAUCGAUGGCCAGUGCUCCUCUGUAAACAUUGUUUGAACUAGACACUGCGGGAACCAAGAAUAAAAGUUCCUGUCAAAGGUAAAUCAAUAUAUUAUCAUACCAAGUUGAAGGUCUCCUGAAAGACAUUUUGAACUUGACAAGGAGACGACUUGCACGUGUUUUGUAGUCCUAGGAUUUUCUUUCCUCAAUAGGGACGUUGUACACGGAAUAGGUCAUUCUGUCUCCCGUGAAUCUGUAAAACAAUGCUGUGUAACUCUGUUACAGUGAAUCGACGUUUCUGCCCACAAUUCAAAUAACCCAGCUCAGAUUUAUUUUGUUUUUGUUUCAAUAUCGCAAAGCAUUGUUUUUAUUAGCCAGAUGUUGGAAAGUGGGGCUUUAUAUUGUGGAUGGGAUUGCUGUAUGUGUUUUUAUAUAUGUCACCAUGAUGUAUUUCAGGAGCAGUGCGAUGGGUGGGAGUUGAUUCUUGGGGGGAAAGGUUAAGCGGGUCAGUUUGGGUGGUAGGCUAGCUCACUGCGCCAGAAACCGGUUGUUGGUAUUUCCUAGGUCAUAAUGCUGGUGUCGUGAUCAUACUGAGCACUUUUAACCCCAAGACUGAACCUACUUCUCAGGUCUGCAGAUAAGGUCUUGACUGAACUACAUUUGGUAAUUGGUGUGUGUGCGUGCGUGCGUGCGUGGGUGCGCGCUUGUGUGAGAUGGCAGUGAGGACGAAUGGAACCAGCUAAUGUCCUAAUAACACUGCCCGGAGAACAGACGCUAUCUGCAGCCUUCUCACCGGCUGUGUACGGCGCGUGUGUAGGUGAAGGGUGUGUGCGCUUAGCGCCCUGUUAGCCUCAGGGCGAGAGAGUUGGUUUCAAUGAUAGUGCUACUCUGUUUUUAAUCACACAGUAGAUACAGUUAGGAAAUCUGCCUCCUCUCCCAUGGCCCCCCCAGCGAGACUCAUCCUGCCUGUCGUGCCGACGGCGUCGGCUGGUGAUCUGCCUGGUUGGGCCAGGCCCUGUGGACCAGUCCGCUUAUCUGGCUGCUUUCAUCUCUGAAUAGGACAGAUAAUUUAUUAUUAGGGCGUGAUGACUCCAUGAGGAAACUGCCGUGCCUGUCCCAUGAUUCCCGUCACUGGAGGUAGUGAACAGCUGAGGGAGGGGUUACUGCGUAAUGUCACCGCCCCCCUGCCCCAGAACGGGACUAGUAGACACAGUGUCACUGGGUAGGACGAACGUCCACCUUCGCCUGUGUGUUGGUGGCCUUUGCCUGCCGGGGUGUUUCUGUCCUGACCUCUGAACAGAGUACGUGGAGACUGCUGCAGACCAGCGUGGGGGAUCGGGCUGGUUCAGCAUUCCUGUAGGUAGAGCUCCCUUGAUUCUUGCGCCGUAUCUUGCAUUUUUAGGUGCUACAGCCUUUCCUGCCCCCAGGUGGCAAUCACAUGCUUGCCACUCUUUCAUCCUCAAAAAAAACAAAAACAAAACAAAGGUAAUGACUUUCACGCCCAAAGUAUUAGUCUGUGUACAUGAAGCCAUGCUAUAGGGGACGUGUGAUUGUGUCAAAUGGGGAAGGUGUUUUUAGACCUAGAUGUUUUUAAUGUGGUGGUGGUGAUCAAUAAUGAUGUUGUGUGGUUUUGAGAGGGGAACAUGGGACUGUCAUAAAAUGAAUGGACAAUUUGAUGCCCCAAAUCUUUACUUACUUCUCUUCCCUUUAGCUGUGUGGUGCAAUACAUAUUGUUGUUUGAAUGCAGUUACUCUGUAGCAAUGCUAUUCUCCAAGGAUUAUAUUUUUGAUGUAUUGCAUUCUUGGUGUUAAAUCACAGGAUUGCGUUCCUCCUAGACCCUGAGCUUUGUGACGGCUAAGCUGAUGAGAAUGUUUUUAGGGUCACCACAGCGAUAUCUACGUCCCAAGAUAUGGCCAAGCUGCCUUCUCUCUGGUAUUAUAUUAAAAAAAUAAUUUUAUUUAUUACAGUGUAAAUACAGUUUGUGUCGCAUUUCAAAACGGCUUGGUCUUUGUCAGUUCAUUAUACUGUUUCUAAGGUCCAAACUUUUUUAUGUCUCAAAGUUGUUUUUAUAUGUAUUUUUUACAAUAAAUAUACUUGUGUGAACUC